AUGUCGCGCGCGAAUUACUUAGAAUCAUCUGCUGCACCUGCCAAUUUCGUUCUUGGUCCUAAUUAUGCUGCAGCCGCCAAUCUCACCAACUCAACAAGCUUUCCAAUUGUGAGCAACCUGGAGGAUAAUUGUGGGACUGAUCGGGCUGCUAACCAGCGCAUUCCUGUGACACACGCUGAGAGUUCGAACGCAGGCGUAUCAAAUGCAGCUCCUCCAAAUGGGAGUCGGGUGUAUACGGUAUCACCCCAACAAGCACAUCUACAAGAAAGUGAACUCAUAAGUCCUGUUCACUCCUCAAAUUGCUUUGGUUCACUCGGUCUUCGUCGUCGCGCCGAAUUGCUACAAGAGCAAAGCGAAAUCCUACGACAGAGGGAGGCUUUAUUAAAAGAACAGCACAGCUUUUUGGAUCGCAUAGAUGCAAUGGGUUUUGAUGACGACUUUGAUGAAAGGCAAUAUUCAAUGCCUAGGAUCUCAACCAGGUUGAGGGAUGAGGCGCUUCUUCCAUCCCAAAUGCUGCAGCUGCCACCACAAUUUGUGGCGCCAUUUAAUGCAACCGCUCCUGUUCUAAACGAUAUCACAAAUAGCGGAUCUUCACUACCUAACGGUAUUCCAACCGGAACGUUAACGGGUCAACAAGGUGAAACUGAUAUUCAAACACCGGUUCUUCAAUCGUUAUUGAACCGAAUGCAGUCAAUUGAACAGCAGUUGCGACGGAAUUCAACACUCAAUCCAGAAAAUGUUUUGCCGCAACCAGCUCAUACAACUUUUCCGACAGCUGGCCGCGUUAACAGCUUGUCUUUUGGUUCUUCAACCUGUCGCCGAUUGACUCGGGACCAACUUGCUUCCCGUAACAGCCUUGCUAAAGAAUUACCCAAAUAUAAUGGUAAACCCAGCGAGUGGCCGUUGUUUUAUGCCGCUUACAAUCAAACUACAGAGGUUUGCGGAUUCUCUGACGAAGAAAAUCUGCUAAGACUACGACAGGCAUUGGAAGGUCCAGCGCUAAAGGCUGUUAAAAAUCUGCUAUUGCACUCCUCAUGCGUCAGCCAAGUUAUGGCCACUCUUCAAAUGAGAUUUGGUAGACCAGAAUUGAUCAUCAGUGUUCUUCAACGCCAAAUUUGUGAGCUACCGCCACCAUCGGAGAGCAAUUUGGAAUCUAUAGUCGAUUUCGCCGUAGAAGUGCAAAAUAUCUGUACAACGAUGUCAGUAUCAGGUCUGACUGGUCAUUUGAACAAUCCCGAAUUUGAACAGCGAUUGGUUUCGAAAUUACCUGGGCUUCUACCAGCGUAUUGGGGAAUGCAUAAGCGAAGCCUAACAGCAUGCAAUCUACAAAACUUCAGUGAUUGGCUCUUUCAGUUGGCUCAAGGUGCCAACUGCGUUCUCGUUCCAAAGGAGCCAAUACGUGAGCGCAAACGAGGGGCAGUUAAUCAUCAUUCUAGUUCGGUAAGAUGUAUCGUUUGCAAUGGAAGUUGUAGUGAAGUUUUUAAUUGUGCCUCUUUCAAGGAAAUGCCACGAAGUCAAAGGUGGCAAGUUGUUCGUAAACUAAAAUUAUGUCCUCGAUGUUUGAAAACGCAUUCGAUGAAUAGAUGUAAUAGGGUCAAACCUUGCGGCGUUAGCGGAUGCACGCGCAGUCAUCAUCCACUUUUACACAACUCGGAAUUCGAUCAAACUGUAGCUUCGAAAGCAAAUAAUGUCAAAAUGAUAGCCAGAGAGCAUUCUGCCAAUAUUAAUGCGCAUAUAACAACAGAGGCAAACACACUAUUUCGAAUACUACCAGUAGUCAUACAUUCUGGUCAGGAAAGUGUAUCAACGUACGCCUUCAUAGAUGAUGGCUCAUCUCUUACUCUAAUCGACGAAGAGCUUUUAAAACAGCUGAAUGUAAGAGGAACACCUCAACCACUCUGCCUACGUUGGACUGGCGACACACAUCCGUACGAGAACGAGUCUGUCGUAGCCGACCUGACCAUAUCGGCUGUAAAUGGGCAUAGGCAAUUUUCUCUUAAAGGGGUUCGCUCUGUCAAGAAACUCCAGUUGCCUACUCAAUCGCUCGACGCUAACAAACUACGAUUACAGUUCAAACAUUUGAAAGGAUUGCCAUUGCACUCCUAUUCAAGCGCCAUUCCACAACUGCUGAUGGGCUUAAAUAACGCGGCUCUCGGAUCUCCAAUAAAAUCCAUAUAUGGGGGAGAAAAUGGGCCAAUCGCAGAAAAGUCCAAUUUAGGUUGGACCUUGAAAGGGUUGAUGCAUAAAGACGGUACCGAUCCUAUACACCACGUUUAUCAUAUCUGUGAUUGCUCCGCUCAAGCUGAACUGCUUGAAAUCACCAAAGCGUACAUUUGCCUCGACAACUUAGGUGUGUCAACCAAACAUGUUGCCUUAAUGUCUAAGGAGGAUGAGGUUGCUUUGGAGCAACUACAAAAAUUCACCGUUCGCACUGGAAGCCGUUUCGAGACCAGCUUAUUGUGGAAGCACCCGGGCAUUGAAAUCCCCGAUAGCUUAUCAAUGGCCUUAUUUCGGGCGAAUUGUCUAAGGAAAAGGAUGCAACGAGACCACGAUUUAGCUGAAACUCUUCACACAAAGAUACGCGAUUAUAUUCAAAAGGGGUAUAUCAGACGUUUAGGACCUCUCGACUCCGCCGUCAAAAAAUAUUGGUAUUUGCCGAUUUUCGCAGUUACCAACCCCAAUAAACCAGGAAAGGUUAGACUAGUCUGGGACGCAGCUGCUAAGGUAAAUGGAGUGUCCCUAAACAGCAUGCUGCUGAAAGGUCCAGACCUAACAACUCCUCUACACUCGGUGCUCUUUAAGUUUCGACAAAAGAGAAUUGCUAUGACAGCCGAUAUAGCUGAAAUGUUUCACCAAGUUCGUGUACGACAAGAAGACCAAAACUUCCUACGUUUUCUUUGGUAUGAACCAAACGCCAAUGAGCCGACUACAUUUGCAAUGACAGUUAUGACAUUUGGGGGCACAUGUUCACCAAGCUGCGCGCAAUAUGUAAAAAAUAAGAAUGCAAAAGAUUUUCAAGAGAAAUUCCCUCUUGCUUCAAAGUGCAUUACCGAAAAUCACUACGUCGACGAUAUGUUGGUAAGUGUGGACACCGAAGAAGAAGCUAUUAAAUUAGCUCAAGACGUUCGUCAUGUCCAUGCACUUGGAGGCUUUCAUUUAAGAAAUUUUUUGUCCAAUUCAAGUCGGGUAUUAUCUGCCCUAAACAAGGAUCCGCUCGAUGAGCUAUCUCUCGAUCUUGACUGUGAACUGCCUACUGAAAAGGUUUUAGGCAUGUGGUGGAUUACGUGCAGUGACCAUUUCGCAUUUCGCGUGUCCGCUAAGUAUAGAGAUUCUGACAUAUUUCUUCAUCAAAGGCGGCCUACUAAGCGCGAAGUACUGAGUUUGGUCAUGACUAUUUACGAUCCUCUUGGACUCAUCAGUUUUUACGUAAUAUAUGCCAAAGUUAUCCUACAAGAGAUAUGGAGAGCUGGAUGCGACUGGGAUGUUCAAAUCCCUGAUGACCAAUUUGCCAAGUGGCUAAGAUGGCUCAAACUAAUUCCGAAAGUAGAGAGUCUAAGAAUUCCAAGAUGCUAUAUGGGAACUGUGUUUGGCGGAGUUCCACAAAUCGAAUUACACACAUUCGUUGAUGCAAGCGAAACCCUCUACGCAGCAGUUUGUUACCUUCGAUACUCGUAUGGUGAUACGGUUAGCUGUACAAUGAUCGCAAGCAAAACAAGGGUAGCGCCAUUGAAACUAAUAUCCAUUCCCCGUUUAGAACUGAAAGCAGCACUUCUAGGGGCUCGCCUCGCCAAACAUGUUAUCGAAUCGCACUCUAUCCACAUUGAUAAUUGCGUUUACUGGUCAGAUUCCCGAACGGUAUUAGCGUGGCUACGAUCCGAUCACCGGCGCUACAAACAAUUUGUAGCCUUCCGGGUUAGUGAAAUUUUAGAGCUGACCGACGUCAAGGAAUGGCAUUGGCUUCCAUCUGAGGAAAACGUGUCCGACGAAGCAACCAAAUGGAGUGGUGAUCCAGAUUUUUCUAACGACAGUCGAUGGUUUAGAGGGCCAUCAUUCUUGUACCUCUCUCCUGAUAAGUGGCUUAUGUCUAACGAAUUGCAGUGCAUUGCAACUGAAGAACUUCGUCCACAGUUUACUGGAUUUCAUCACCCAACCUCAAAACAACAUCAGAUAUUACCAGAACCGCUGAGAUUUUCAACUUGGAACCGUCUACUUCGUGCAACAGCUAUGACAAUGUAUUGUGUUCGGCUCUGGCUAAGCACUAUCCGAGAUAAUCAACCUGUUGGUAAUGGACCAACUACUGAAGAUUUUCGUAAAGCGGAAUGUUAUCUUUGGAGAAAGGCUCAACACGACAACUUCGGAGACUCUAUCGCAUCUCUAGAAGCCGGAAAGCCAGUUGACAAAUCCAGCAAUAUUCUGAAGCUAUCACCUUAUCUGGAUGAUCACGGCGUUUUGAGAAUAAAUGGUAGAGUUAAGAUAACAGGGCGGCCAGAUCAAAUAUUACUGCCCUCAAAUCAUCAUAUUACGUACCUGAUCAUUAACCACUUCCAUGUAAAGUAUCAUCAUGGAAACUUGGAAACAGUGGUGAAUGAGAUAAGGCAAUCCUAUUGGAUCAUAAAACUACGAACAGUCGCUAAUAAGAUUCGACGCAUUUGUCAGCACUGUAAAAACAGAACAUCUCAACCUCGGCCACCCAUGAUGGCAUCUCUGCCCGCAUUCCGGACCUCAGAAUUUAGUCGACCGUUCUCCUACGUAGGCGUUGACUACUUUGGUCCCCUCCUGGUUACGGUAAAAAGAAGUACCGAGAAGAGAUACGGAGUAUUAUUUACCUGCCUAACAACCAGAGCAGUGCAUCUCGAAAUCGCAUACUCACUCUCGACAGACUCCUGCAUUCUAGCUGUACGUAACUUUAUGGCUCGCCGAGGUAGUCCGGUAGAAAUAUGGAGUGAUAAUGGUACAAACUUUAAAGGUGCUGAGAAGGAGUUGAAGUUAGCAUUUGAACUAAUAGAUAAAAAUCACAUAACAAGAACAUUUACUUCUGCUGCAACCAACUGGCGUUUUAUACCACCAGCUUCGCCACAUAUGGGCGGAGCGUGGGAACGGUUAGUUCGGUCAGUAAAGCAGGUGCUUAAACAAAUUUUGACAACUAGCCGUCCCAGUGAUGAACUUCUUCGUGCAGUCUUAAUGGAAGCGGAAAUGACGGUGAACUCUCGGCCAUUAACUUAUAUCCCGAUCGACCACGAAGAGGAAGAAGCACUCACUCCUAACCACUUCUUGUUAGGUAGCUCCAGUGGAGUGAAGCCAAUCGCGGAACCAGUUACUGAGAACAUUUUAUUGCGUCGUAACUGGCAAACAUCGCAGCAACUAGCAAGCGCCUUCUGGAGACGUUGGAUAGUGGAGUACUUGCCCACCAUAACCAAGCGAAGUAAAUGGUUUACAGAUGUAAAAGCAAUCGAAGUCGGUGAUAUAGCAUACAUAGUUGAUCUUAAUAAUCCACGGAACUGCUGGCCUAAAGGCAGAGUGAUCCAAGUACGAAAGAGUGAAGAUGGAAAGGUCAGAAGCGCCACUCUGAAGACUGUCUGUGGCAUCUUUGAGAGACCUGCCGCCAAAAUAGCCGUUCUAGAUGUGAUUAAUUCGGUACACCCUGAUCAGCAGGAUAUACCGGGGGGGAGUGUUACGAACGAUCUGGCAGCAUGA